CAUAGCAGAGGCACCAGUGCAGCCUCUCCUACCUCUGCCCGAGAGAUUGUUUGCUGCGUGGGGGUUUUGGGGUUGGGACUGUCUGCCUCAGUUCUCGUCCCUGCUGGCCGGGGUACGAGUAGGGAGCUGGUCUCACCUGUCAGAUGCUGCCAGCUGACUGGUUGUCGCACUGUCCAAUCAAACACUGCUCUGAGACGAGGUGAGCAGGAUGCAGGCAGCGGAGGGAUACGGGACCGGGCGGGGGCGCGUGGAGGGCCGCAGCGUGGCGGAGGGGUACGUGAAGGAGUUCACGCGCCACUCUGGCGACGUCCUGCGGAACCUGAACGAGAUGAGGCACCGCGGCAUCCUGACCGACGCCACGCUGGUGGUGGGCGCCAUCAGCCUGCGGGCACACUGCUCUGUGCUGGUCGCCUGCAGUGGGUUCUUCUACUCCCUGUUCUCCCGGUGCUCGCCCGCUGGCAGGGAGCGGCCGGUGUCACUGUCCCUGCCCGAAUCGCUGGACGCGGCCAGCGUGUCUCUGCUGCUGGACUUCAUGUACACGUCUCGCCUGCCGCUGUCUGCCCGCACUGUCCCCGGCGUGCUCGCCGCUGCCACCUACCUGCAGAUGGAGCACGUGGCGGACACCUGCCGCACCUUUAUGCUGAACAGUGAGAGAAUGUCAGGUCCCCCUCAAAAGGAGCUGGACUCCCCUUCAUCUGCCAUCUCGCUUGCGCCCCCUGGAGGAGCGUUCCCGAACAGCUCGCUGAGUGGCCGCCCAACUCCAUACGCUGCCACCUCCCAUCCACCUGGGGGAGCCGCUGCACAUCUGUGUUGCGACUCUGCAAGGGUCCCUGGAGAGAGCUGGGCCUCACAGGAUCCGGGGACUCGCCUUGACCGCGAGCCCAGGUCUGAGAGGGUGAAGCUGGAGAUUGAGUCGCCGACCCUGGGGUCCCCCACUCCAUCUCCAGACAGCCCAACCCGCUCCGGCUGUCAGCCCAACUCCCCUGCCGAAUCCAGUGGCUGCAGCAAGACACCCCAGCCAGUGGUGCAGAAUGGGACCAAAUCCAUCCCUGAUCCCAAGGCCUGCAACUGGAAGAAGUACAAGUUCAUCGUUCUGAACCCUCUCUGCACUGCUACAGUCAAGGAGGAGGAGCCAGCUGAGGGGGAGGGGCCACAACAUUGCAGCCAUGUCCCCGCCACCACUGAUAGGUUGGCCUCUACGCCAAAGCCUCCCCUAGAGGUCUGGCCAAUGGAUGGACCCGACGAGGACAAUAGGGCCGGACAGGGCUUUCAGUGCGAUGUAUCCCAGAACACCCUGCUCCAGGAGGCCUGCCAUGGGCUGCUGCCCCGCCCCACGGAUGAACUAACCCCACUUGCCACCCCACUGAUCCAGGACAAGUCAGCUCCCUGCUGUUCUCUCUGCCUGCACCCCUGUUCCACCGAACCGCAGGCCCCCCAUCAUAACAGGCACCUGCGUUGCCUAGGUGACAGCCCGAACAGUCACCCAAUGAAGAACGAGAGCUGCUGCUCACCGUUCCGUGUCAGCAGCACCCUGGGCGGGGCCAAAUCUGCGAGCACAGGAGACAAGCCGUAUCGCUGCAGCGUGUGUGGAGCGCAGUUCAACCGGCCGGCUAACCUGAAAACGCACUCCCGCAUCCACUCCGGAGAGAAACCCUACCGCUGCGACACCUGCGGGGCCAGAUUUGUCCAGGUAGCUCACCUGCGCGCUCACGUGCUGAUCCACACUGGGGAGAAGCCGUACCCCUGCCACACCUGUGGCACCCGCUUCCGUCACCUGCAAACGCUGAAAAGCCACCUGCGCAUUCACACUGGAGAGAAGCCCUACACUUGCGAAAAGUGUGACCUGCACUUCCGCCACAAGAGCCAGCUUCGGCUGCACCUGCGUCAGAAGCAUGGCGCCGUCACCAACACCAAGAUCCGCUACAAAGUCCUGGUUGACCCCUACCGACCUGUCCUGCAGUCCUGCUGAAGCCCUUGCCUCCACCUGUGACCCCUGACCCCACCGUUCCCCUCACCCCCUCACCCCCACCCCCACCCCACACCAUCAGCUGGAUUGACUGGUUUCCCUUCCUCAGAGGCAACACCUGACACCCUUUCACAGUAAUGGUUGAUUUGCUUGUAUUAUUUCUCCUCUUUUACUUUGACCUGCUGAAAAGUGUGUGUUUCCAUGCACUGUUUAAAUGGGAGCUCUCCCCCCUGGCAGCAAAUGUGAGCUGGAGCUCCGUGCUGCUGUUGAGGUUCAGGCCACCAGCGGCAGGAGGCACUGAGCAACGCCUGCGGAGGAGGAGAGUGUAAAAGAUGUGCAAACGGCGGGAAGGCAGGCACUUACUGUACGAUGGCGGCAUAGUGACGGCGAAGAUGCCGUGUGGCUCAGAUCACGACGCUGUGGCUAUCUGUCACCGGAGCGUUCAGUCAGGGGUUUGGAAUCAGACUGAGGACGGGAUGUUCCAGAACAUGUUUUAAGUUCUGUUUCUUUCUUUUUUUUUUUUUUUUUUUUUGCGAGAGAGAGAGAGAGAGGGAGAGAAAGGACCACUCUCCUUUGUCUUGGGCUGUGAGAUCCCCCCCCCUGGGGACCGCUGGUUUGUCAUUCCUCACAUUCUUUCAGGGCAGCAGCCUCCGCUCGUUCAUGUGUCGGUGGAGCCUCUGAAAGUGAUUGGCAGGGCAAGAUGUGUUUUGUCGAGACAGGCAGACAAUGGUGUGCUUUAGAGCCGAUGGGCAGGGCAGUCAGGUUGAAUAUGGCAAUGGAGAGGGCCGACAAAGAGGUUGCCAAAAGGAUUGGUGAGAGGAGAGGGGGAUGAUAAGUGAAUAACAGGAAUGUUAUGGGAAAGUGAAAGAAGGAUGGAUGUUUGAGAGGGACGAGAAAGCGAGAGAUGGAGAGAUGAAGCAGUAAUGUGUCAGGAAACGAAGGUGAAAGGGUUGGAGGAACGCUAGGGUAGCCGUAAGGGUGUAUGGUUAGUAGAGUUCUUGGUAUACCUUGUCAGUUUUUCAUGUCUUAUUUUUUGUCCUUUUUUUUUGUUUCCCCAAGCCAAUAGGGCCAAUCAGCUAGCGUCGUCCAUCAGAGUAGCACCGCUAAGAGGAAUGAGAGGGGAAACUCGAUGCGGGCCGUUGAGUUUUGACAGGGGGUAAAAGGGGGCGAGGUUUAUUGCGGUGUGACAUCAGUCCGCAGGCGGGGUCACACAUCGGUCGCCUCCCCCUUUUAUGUCGUCAACCCUUCCAUUUUUUCUCCAGUGCUGUGCUUUCAAGUGCACCUCCCCUGUUGUGUGUGUGUGUGUUUGUCCAUAAACAAUACAUCACCUCCUAGCCAGAAUCAGCAGGUUCUGUUGAGCUGGGAACUCUGGGGAGCAGGUAUUUUGAGAAUGGUUUGUGUUGAGCCAGCUUUUUACAUAUCGGACUGGAAGAAAGAAGCAAAGUGUCCGUCUAAGGCUUUGGCUGGAGUUGAAGCUGUGGGUCUGGCCAUUGCGUAACAUGUACGUUUGUUAAAAAAUGUCAGCCUGACCUCUGUGUCAGGCUAACACAAACAGUCUGAGGGCACAGAGUGUGUGUCCUUAUUCUAAACUAUUCCAAUGUUUGUUGUAACGCAUGGUUGACUGUCCUCCUCUCGCAAGCGUUUAGCAGUGCAGCCGAGCUGCAGAAGCUAACCACUGCAUGUAAAAUCAGUGCCACUCUUUUCCAAGUGGAAUUCAGCAUGUGGGCCAGUUUCCAUGUCUCAAGUCUAACAUUACUAAGGGCUCCAGCCAGCAGGAACACGUAGCACUCAGAGGUCACAGCAGUGUCAUCAUUGGUGUUCAAAUGGAAUGGCCGUUCCCAGAAAUUUCUUACUUAUCAGUUGGUCUGUUCUGAAUUUCUUCAGUGUGGGGUGAUAUUUUUUUUUCUAUAAAACAAAAUGAAACAAAACAAAACAC